CCUUUUAAUUUGUCGGUUCGAGUUAAUUCCUCUUCUGGAGUCAGUCCGGCCGAGGGGGUCAGAAAUGGCCUCUUCCUCCUCCUCCUCCGGCGUCCGCCUCGCCGGAACCCUAGCCCUGCGGCAGGGCUCGGCGGCCGCGGCGUCUCUGAUCCCGGGGCUCCCGGACGACGUGUCGGCCGUCAUCCUCUGCCUGCUCACCUUCCCCGACCAGUCCCGCCUCCGCGCCACCUCCCGCGCGUGGCGGCUGCUCCUCUCUGUGGCCACGCUCCUCCCGCUCCGCCGCAGCCUCCGCCUCCCGCGCCGACACCUCCUCUGCCUCUUCCCCACCGACCCCUCCCUCGCCUCUCCCAUCCUGCUCGACCCCGCCGCCCCAACCACCUGGUGGCCCCUCCCGCCGCUCCCCUGCUCCCCGCAGCUCUACGGCCUAGCUAACUUCGCCGCCCUCGCCAUCGGCCGCUACAUCUACGUCCUGGGUGGGUCGUGCUUCGACGCCCGCAGCUACCCGCUGGGCCACCCCUCCCCCUCCGCCGCCGCCUACCGGCUCGACCUCGCCCACUCCCGACACUGCUGGGAGCGACUCCCCGACAUGCUCGUUCCGCGCGGGAGCUUCGCGUGUGCUCCCGCGCCCAGUGGUGGUGGGGUCAUCGUCGCCGGCGGCGGGUCGCGACACCCCACGUUCCCCUCCAACGGUAGCCGCACCAGCAGGACCGAGUGGUACGACGCAACUGCGUGCUCGUGGCGCGGUGCCUCCGCGAUGCCCCGCGAGCGGGCCGGGUGCGUGGGGUUCGUGGCGCACGGAGCAGGAAACGGUGGCGAGGAUGAGUUCUGGGUGAUGGGCGGGUACGAUGGGUACACCACGGUGGGAGGAGUGGUGCCAAAUGACGUAUACUGCCGGGACGCGGUGGCGCUUGGACUGUGGAGCGGGAAGUGGAGGGAGGUUGGCGACAUGUGGGAGGCAGGGGAGAGGCCCCGGCUUGGGCCCGUUGCAGCUUUAUCUGCAGACGAUGGAAGGAUUACCGAAGUGUACAUGCUUGAUGAGAAUGAUGUCUUCAGGUACAACUUUGCUUCAAACAGGUGGUUGAAAGAGGCAACUACGAGAAGGAAGAUCCCAAACACUGAAUCUUGUGGUUUCGUAUCAGUGAAUGGGGAACUGUAUGUGCUCGCAUCUGCAAAAGUUCCUGUUGAAGUCUCUGGCCCGUGGAGGCAGCUGAAGAAGAAGCUGGCCCUUGAGUUUCAGGUGUACAACCCCGGGACAAAGAAGUGGAGAGUGCUCACCACACAUCCACCUGUCAAUGCGCCCGUUGAUUUCAGGACUGCAGCUCUCUGUACAGUUGAGUUGUAGUUCCAUUGAUGAUCACCAUCAACUGUAUAGAUUCAGGUCAGAAGCCGAACAUUCGAUAGCAAAUACAAUCCAAAAAUGUCCACGACUUCAAAUGACUCAGCGAAUAGGUGAAGAUUGUUGUGUGUCAGUUUGUAUAUACAUAGUACUAAUAGGACUAGCAUAGUUUGUCCAUCGCAAGAACAAGUAUCUGACAUACUGCAUGUUUGUUGGUACCUCGUUCAUUCCUAAAUCAUUGCAUAUUUUUGUUUUGUUUUGGUGGCA